GACUUCAAAUAUGAGAAAACAACCAGCUGCGAAUCCUUCUUUUUCUUUCUUCAUCGCCAACAAUGGCGAAAUCACUGUCUCUAACCCACGUAUCCCUCCUUCUCCUCUCCCGUCAAAGACUCAUGGCCACACGAAUACACACACACUCUCUCUCACUGCCACUCCCAAACCCCAAACCUUUCAACAAAACCAUGUUUCCAUACUCUUCCCUCUCUUUCUCCACCUCUUCCACUCCAUACCCUCUUCAAUACGACAUGAUCAUCAACCGCCCAACUCAGCCUCACCCUCCUCGCCGACUCACCCGAGUCAAUAACAACCCCAACAGCUCAGAAGACUCGCCCCAAUCGGACUCACCAAAAAACCCCACUUCAGAAACGGGCAUUGAGGACUGGGUGGAUCAGAAGCUAUUGUCAGAGUGUGAAACAAACAGACCCAGUUCGGGAAACUUGGAAAUGAACAAGUCUAUGAGGAAGUAUUACAAUAAGAGGAGGAAAAGAAUGUAUGGGUCGGAUUCAGAUGAGGAUGGUAGGAGCUCUGAGGAGAGGUUUGUGGAGUUGAAGCCUGAGGUUGUGGAGUUUAAUACCUUGCACAAGAGAGAGGAGGAGUUGUAUUUUUAUGAUACUUUUGCUUAUCCUUGGGAAAAGGAGAAGCAUUAUAAGAUGGUGUAUCAGUUGGAGAAGAAGUAUUUUCCAGAUCAAUGCCUUGACAAGGCGUUUCUUCAACCAGGUGAAUCCAAUGAGAGUAAUGUGAAGAGGGGAAAGAAGAAGAAGAAAGAGGAGGGUGUGGAUGGUAAAGGAUUGGUUUUCUUCGACGAGGAAGAGGGAGGAGGAGAAAAGGGUAGGAUAGAAUUGGCGAAAAAGGAUGCGAAUAAGGAUGUUGUGGAGAAGAAGGUGGAGGAGUUCUUUAAGUGUUUGAAGAAAGGUCCCAAUAAGGAUGGUGAAGUUAAGAAUGAGGAGCCAUAUCUUUUGACAAGGAGUACCGAGCUUCCACCAAGAUGGGAUGGUCCUUGUGGGACAGUGGUGUUGGUGAACAAACCCAAAGGGUGGACUUCAUUUACAGUUUGUGGAAAACUGCGACGCCUGGUCAAAGUUAAAAAGGUAGGGCAUGCUGGAACCCUUGACCCAAUGGCAACUGGUUUAUUAAUUGUAUGUGUUGGUAAAGCCACUAAGUUGGUAGAAGGAUAUCAAGGUAUGGUUAAGGGUUACAGUGGAGUUUUCCGUUUAGGGGAGGCCACUUCAACUUGGGAUGCUGAUUCACCGGUUAUUCAACGAGAGCCUUGGGAGCAAAUCAAAGAUGAGGACUUGAAGAAAACUGCUGCAUCCUUUUGUGGGGAAAUUUGGCAAGUUCCCCCAAUGUUCUCUGCCAUCAAAGUCGGAGGAGAAAGGAUGUAUGAAAAAGCAAGAAGAGGAGAAAGUAUUGAGCUUUCACCUAGAAGGAUUUCAAUCUUCCAAUUUGAUAUCGAGCGUAGCUUAGAUGACAGACAAAAUCUGAUUUUCCGUGUGACAUGCUCGAAAGGUACAUACAUACGUUCAUUAUGUGCAGAUUUUGGGAAGGCUCUUGGCAGUUGUGCUCAUUUAACUGCUCUUCGAAGGGAUUCAAUUGUGACUACUAAACAGCAGAUCUGCCUCAUUGCUGAAUCCUUUAGCUUGAUUUGCUUCUCCAAAGGAGGGCACCAUCUCUCGAGUGCCUACAACUUUGGAUUCAUCAUUCUGUCCAUAGUUUCUCCUUAGAAGUUUGUGAAAGCAGUUGUGGCAUGGAGCUUUAUUUUUUUUUCUCUAUUGAUAAGUUACACACACAUGCAUGGGUCUUGAACCCAUGACCUCACCCUACACCUAGAGCUUAUAAGGAGAGGAUGUCCUGGUUGAUGCUCAUUGGUGCAGUUUGGAAGUCGUUGAAAUGGUAUGUUUCCUUUUCCCAUGGAAACCUUGUUUCUUAUUCUUUACAUGGUUUCCAAAGCAACUGUUGCAAAGAGGACAAACUGGUCUUUUGGAAUUCUAGACUCCAAAUGCUGAGGGUGUGGCACAACUGGGUACCCACACAAACUGUUUGGCUGAGUUUGCUUAAAUAGUUUCUAUCUAAAACUCUAGUUGGUCACCAUCCAUGUCAUCCUCAAGAAAAGAACAUCUUCUUCCUCUGCUUGACAUGAUGGAAACAUACUGUCUUCUAUAUGGAUAAUCCCUGCGCAUCUUUUCCUCAAUGGUAGCCCCCUGCUGCAACUCUCCAUUGAAAUAUCUUGUGUCUUUCAUCUAGUUUUGAACCCAAUAUGCUCUUCCAAAAACUCUUGUUUGAUUAGUCAAAUCUUCCGUGCUGGUCUAUCCAAUACGAUUACUUGGUUGAGAAUUUACCAUUUUAUCUUGUUGACUGGUAGUAGACACUAGAAUGUUGAAUAUGUAGCUGAUUGUUUGUUGCUCAAAUAGUAGCUCAAGUUGUUCUCUAUCCUGGCAAUGGGCAGGUCAGACUAGGUUUAGUGGUGGCUAUCUGCACAUCAAUUCCCUUCAACUCUUACUAGGGCUCUUGUAGCAUAUUAUUGCAACCACUCUUUUGGUAUUAUGUAAUUAUCUUUUCUAGCAGGAAGGGCAAAAAAACAAAAACAAAAAAGAAGAGAAAAGAAAAGAAAGAGAACUUCAACUGCAAAAGC